ACUGAUUAUAUCCUGGUUUCUAAUGUAGUUAAACCACAAAGCCAUCCGGGGGCACUGUAGACCAUAACAAAAACGAUUUUAUUUAGAUUACCAGGCCCCUCCUACCUUAAGAGCGUGAAAACGUCUUGUUGGGCUUUGACACAAAGGGACGCAGAAGCACAGAGAGAAGGCUGGAUUAUUAUCUGCAUUGUGGGAAUUAAAGAGGAAAAGGGACACAGUUUCGGGCAAUACUCGACAUCCAUUAUACUUAAUUGUUUCUAUGUUGGUUUCACGUCGGAUUGGAUCAUGUCUUCAAUUACCAGGAGUCCUGUGGUGGCAUACGUGUUAUUUGUGCUGCUGGAUUGUUACUGGGAAGCAGUGUCCGGGCAGCUCUCCUACUCCAUAUCAGAAGAGGUGAAUACGGGGACUUCUGUAGGAAAUGUAGCCAAGGAUCUAAACCUCAGUGUCGAUGAUCUGGAGUCUCGUAUGUUUCAGGUUGUUACCGGAUCAAAGAGAAAAAUCUUCGAGGUAAACCUAAAGACUGGUGUUCUCUUUGUCAAUGACAGAAUAGACAGAGAGGAGCUCUGUGCGAAGGCAACGAAAUGCACAGUGAGCGUAGAGGCUGUAAUAAAUGCUCCAUUGAAGCUUUAUCGUUUAGAAAUAAAUAUUCUAGAUGUGAAUGAUAAUUAUCCGUCAUUUAGCGCUAAUUCACAAAGUAUUGAAAUAGCCGAAAGCACACUACCGGGGACUAAAUUUCUUGUGCUAUCGGCCUAUGAUGCCGAUGUAGGGAAAAAUGGCAUCAGUACAUACAAGCUAAAUCAAAAUGACUAUUUUUCAUUAUCGCUGAACAAAGGAGAGAGUUUGUCUGCUGAGCUAGUCCUCCAGAAACCUUUAGACCGAGAGAAGCAGCCUGUAAUAAAACUCAUAUUGACUGCUGUAGACGGAGGGACACCUCCGAAAUCCGGAACAUCACAGAUAAUAAUACAUGUCUUAGACGUUAAUGACAACGUCCCAAUAUUUACAAAACUAUUGUAUAAAACAAGUAUUAAUGAAAAUGUACCACUCGGCACACCAGUAAUAACAGUAACCGCAACAGAUACAGAUGAAGGACCAAACGGGGAGAUUUCAUAUUCACUAAGCAGCAAAGAUCAGGAUCAUGUCUUGGAAAUAUUUCAAAUUGAUGAGAUCACAGGAUUAAUAACAGUUAAGGGAAAGAUUGACUUUGAAGAGCACCUGGCUUUUGAAAUCCGCGUGCAAGCUAGUGACAAAGGCUCUCCUCCAAUGGCAGCACAGUGCAAAGUACUAAUUGAGGUGGUGGAUUUAAAUGACAACACUCCAGAAAUAUUUGUAACAUCAUUAAUUAACAGUGUGAAAGAGGAUGCAAAAAUAGGCACUGCUGUUGCACUUGUGUCAGUACUGGACAGAGAUGGAGGCAAAAAUGGAGCAGUUCAUUGUAAUAUUAAAAAUGACAGCCCCUUUAAAUUGGAAACAAAUUACAAAAACUAUUACUCUUUGGUAGUAGAUGGACAGCUAGACAGAGAGAGUGCAUCACUUUAUAAUGUAACGAUCAUAGCUACAGAUGAUGGAAUCCCUGCUUUAACAAGCACAAGUGGUCUUACAGUUUAUAUUUCUGAUGUUAAUGACAACUCACCUAGUUUUUCAGACACAUUAGUUCAUAUAUAUUUAAAAGAGAACAGUCCUGUUGGAGCCAUUUUAAAAAGACUAUCUGCAGUUGAUGCUGACAUUGAUCAGAAUUCCCAGGUAAGAUACUCAAUUGUGGAAAGUAACAGUAACUCAUUGCCCUUAUCUACAAUGGUGAACAUUAACUCAGAGACUGGAGAUAUAGUCAGCCUGCAGUCUUUUAACUAUGAGGAGUUAAAAACGUUUCAGUUUAAAGUUCAGGCCACAGACUCUGGUGUUCCUCCGCUCAGCAGCAACGUGACUGUGAACGUGUUAAUCCUGGAUGAAAAUGACAAUAAUCCUACAAUUCUCGCGCCCUAUUCUGAGCAUGGCUCCGUUAACAGUGAGAGCAUCCCCUAUUCUGCUGAAGCGGGAUACUUUGUGGCAAAGAUCAGGGCUGUAGACGUAAAGUCUGAGUUCUGGUAA